AUGUCUAGGAUCAUCAAUACAGAGGAGCUGAUGCGCAAUGCACCGUUCGAGCUCAGCAAAGCAGACAAGGAGGUCUUUACCACCACCGAGGAAGCCUUUGCCCCGCAUACUUGGGAGGAUAUUCAAGAGAUAAUUGCCUGUGGCGAUACGUCCCAGCUGAAGCGCAGCUCGACUGAUCUCCGCAAUUACAUCUUCUUUGCCCGAGACAUCCAGAACACAUUCGGCUCUAUCCGUUGCCAUUAUCGCCACGCAGUUCCUUUCGCCGACCAGUCUGAUUAUCGCAUUCUACGCAACGACUGGCCCUACGCCAUGUCGCCGUGCAUGGUUCACCUUGUCGUAUGGCUGAAGACGCCUAUACCUGUAGAUGCGGAGGGUGAUCCGACUACGGAGUCCCGUCGGCUGAUUGCGGAUUUUAUCGAGAGAACAUUUGCGAUACAUAUGAGCCAACGAGAGCCUGCGGGGGACAACAUCCAAUGGUUCAAGAACAGAAUAAAGUGGCAGAAUGUGCGUGCUCUUGAGCAUAUUCAUGUCAUUCGGAGGCAUGUAGAUGAUGAGCUUGUGACGAAGCUGACGGGCCAAGUCCCCGACGGCAUCGUGAGCAAAUCAUAUUCUGCCUCAGUGGACAGCAAUUAG